GGAGAGGCGGCCAAAGCAACACCUUGUUUCCAUUCGUGAGACUCACACGACCUCUCGUAGCCGCUGCGCCGCCAAUAUGGCUGUAGGCGAUGAUGGACCAGUAGCGUCGACCUCUUCGCUCUCCUCCAUCGCCCAGCCCGUCGUCGCAUUUAAGGCCAAGCCCCGCGCCUCGCGCAGCAAAUCAAGACAAGAGCACGACGACGAUGAGGCGUACGAACCUCUGGCACCUCUAUGCGCCUUCCCUCGCUUUGACAGGUACGAGAGUAAUGACAUGCCUCGGAGAAGAAGGCGACGGGCGUAUCUCCAUGCCAACAAAGCUCUUGGGAUAGCAUGCGAUGAAGCUCUCGACGACCUCGCCGGGCCGACGGUGAGGCGACUGCACGACUGGAUCGAGGGGACCGAGAGGCGAGGCAAGGCAGCAUCGGAGUCGAUUCCGCUCGCCGCCAUACAGUCGCUACUCCCGCAGCCGGUGCUGUACCAGCGUAUCGUCAACAAGAUCUCCGAGAGCUCCGGCGGCGCAGCCUGGGCCCACCUCUCCCUCAUCCAAUGCGAAGCCUCAAGCGCAGCCAGGCUCAUCGAAUCCAUCGUGGAGCAGUGGACUUCGCAGCUCCCUGAUGCUGCGUCUGACCCUUCAACAAGCAGUACAAGUGCAACUCAGUCCUUUCUCCGGCUACGUAAGCGGCACGCUGCCCUUUCCCCCUCUCAACGCCCAAGUACAUACCUCAUCAGCCUAGCUGGUCUACCCCAGGCUCCACUAUUCUCUACUUUGGCCUACCUCGCCAAUCUGCCGACCGAUGCAGAGGAGCAAACUCCACCAUUCAAUAUCGCCAUCGUGCUGCAAUGCGUCGGCGGACCUGCUGGUCUAGACGGGAUGGCAUGGGAGGACAAGCGCGGCCUCGAUAUAGACAUCAUUGACACGGCAGGAUGGGACGCCAGAGCCUUGGUGGGCAGAAUUUCAAACACGCCUGUCCUGGGCGGCGAGAGUGGGCCGCUCAGUGGAGUGAUGCUGCGCGCUGCGUACCAGAAGGCUAGAGUUGCUCAGAGCCCAGAGAAGGAUAUCGAGGCCGUGAGAGCGUGGUGUGAGCUGGCGUUGCAGCGCUACUUUACUACCUCAUUGCACUCUGUGGGUGCUAGUGUAGAUGAAAGAGAUGAUGCGCCCAGUCUUUCUCCCCUCACGACUGAGCACUUCACGUCAGCCUUCUUUGAGCGGCUGAGGAGCAGUCUGGUCCUCUCCCUUGCUCGCCCACGAGAGGAAGACGAAGAUGAGGACGCCAUGGACCUCGACGAGAAGCAGCGAAGCGACGAAGAUGGUCCAAACCUCUUCUGUCUUCCGGAGCGCCUACGGAAAGACAGGAGGAAACUCAAGGCUAUGCUGAUGGGCAAGGAUCACCAAGGCCUGCUUGAGCUAUGGCUCGAGAGCCUUGCAGGCGGUCAAGAGGGCUGUGGCGAGCAGGGGCAAGAGCACAACAGGCGACGAGAAAUCGGCCUCGAGCUUCUCGCAUUGGGCAUACCGUCCACUGUGGCGUCCACGUCUAUGGCUUCGAGGACGGACGAGCGCGACCUUGCUGCGCUCCGCUACUCACUUGCCACGACCAGCAGCGGGACAUCGCUUUCCGAUGACGAUGAAGCAGUGGAAGAAGAGGCAGCGGCGCGUGUGACAGCCAGGCUGAGGCGCAAACUUAAUACGCUUCUCGCACCGAGGCUGAAGACCCUGCGCAGGCCGGCUGAUGAGACGACUUUGCAAGGAGAACCAGGCUCGACAGCCGUUGAUCCACUCGCAGCUCUAGAAAUCUGGCUCGACAAGAUUGAGGACUGGGCCGACUCCUCCUCCUCCUCCUCCUCCACUGCCUCUUCUGCGACCAGGAACGAUCUCCUCGACCGCGUUCGCGCCCUCCAACAGGAGCUGGCAAGCUGCACUGCGGCUGACUCUGGCUCCAACUCCGCUUCGCCAGCAAGGGACAGCUCUCGCCCUGACCCAACGGCAGUCUCACGCCGUCUUCUCAGAGAAGAGCGGAUCCGUUCAUUGCGCACCUCCAUUGCGGACUGGUACGGAGCCACGGUCCGAAAGCUUGUGCUCAGUGCUCCAGCCUCACAGCAGAGGCCCCUCUUUAGCGACGCCUUCCCUGACGAGAGCGGGGGAGACGCGGAGAGGGUCGCCGGACUGGAAGCCAUCAGCGCGGAUGGGGCUUGCCCUCGCUCGGCUAUCACGCUUGCGCUCGCGAGGCCGGGCGUGUAUCUGGAACACUUUGCUGCGGCUGCUGAGGUCAGGGAGGAGCAGGAGCAGGAGCGUGAUCAAGGAGUCGGAAAGGAGGUAGAGGAGAGGAGGGAGAGAUUGCAUAGGCUCAAUGUGAUGCUUGGCCACGGAGGAGCGGGCAAGAUGAAUGGCACAUCAGAAAUGCCGCAGAAGGGUCGAGGAAAGAGGAAGCGUCCUGCCGAUGGGCACAAUGAGGGUGACAAUGGUGAGGACAAAGGCCACCGUAGCUCCGUCUCGCAAGCGCAAACAGAUCUGUCCGUCGCCUACUCCCUCUUUCUCGAGGCGGGCGGACCUGGCGGAGGAACGCGUGGGCGACUCGUCAACCUCGACGACUGGUAUCGCGCUUGGCUGGCUGUUUGUUCCCCCUCCUCCGGUGGCAAGGAAGACGCGGAUGCGCAGGCUCGUUUCGCCCUCGCCCUUUCUACAUUGGCCCUACUGGGCUAUAUCAAGAGGACGACGAGGGGUGGUGGUGGUGGUGGGAGGGGGAGGAAGGGGGAGGCGCCGACGAGUGGGAGGGGAGUGGCGGGCGUUAGGGUUGCGAAGGUUGGGGGAUGGGAUAGGGUUUUGGGGAUGGAGCAGGAGCGUGAGGAGGAGAUGCGAGAAGAGGCAGAGGCAGAGGCGGAGUAG